AUCGACAACACCUCACCUCACAACUACAUUAACAUUUCAUCCUUUCUUUACCUUCCACCCACUUCUUCGUAUCGUUUACAAUCAUCAAUCUUUCACAUCUCCAAAAUUGUUCUUUCUUCUUCCCCUUUUUCAGCCUCAUGGAUCUUAACAUCUAUGGCGGCAACAUUUUCUUCUUCAUUUUUCUAAUCUUUCUUUCUUCCUCCACGACGGCCGCCACAUUGCCCUCUUCCGCUCAAAUCAACUCUAACUCCGUCCUCGUCGCUCUCCUUGACUCACAUUACACUGAGUUGGCUGAACUCGUUGACAAAGCGCUUCUCUUACAGACUCUUGAGCAAGCUGUUGGCAAACACAAUAUUACCAUUUUUGCCCCCAGAAAUGAAGCCUUGGAGCGCCAGCUCGACCCGGAGUUCAAAAGGUUCUUACUUGAACCCGGUAACCUAAAGUCUCUUCAAACCCUCUUGAUGUUCCACAUUCUUCCCAAACGAAUCCGAUCUUCCGAAUGGCCCAACGAGAACCAACCCGGGUCAACCAGGCACAAUACACUCUGCGACGAUUUCGUCCACUUAACCAGCAAGAGUUCGGGAAAGAAAGCGAUUGGUUCAGCCGAGAUUAUCCGACCUGAUGAUAUUAUUCGAUCCGAUGGAAUUAUCCACGGAAUCGAACGGCUGUUAAUCCCCAGAUCGGUCCAAGAAGACUUCAACCGCCGCCGUAGUCUCCAGUCAAUCGCCGCCGUGCUUCCACAAGGCGCGCCGGAGGUGGACCCAAGAACUCACAGACUGAAGAAACCGGCGGCACCGGUUCCAGCCGGGGCCCCACCGGUUCUUCCCAUAUACGAUGCCAUGGCUCCGGGUCCAUCGCUGGCACCCGCACCGGCUCCAGGACCGGGUGGGCCACACGGGCACUUCAACGGCGAGAAGCAAGUGAAAGACUUCAUUCACACGCUGCUACACUACGGCGGUUAUAACGAAAUGGCGGAUAUUCUGGUAAAUUUAACGUCGUUAGCGACGGAAAUGGGACGACUAGUUUCCGAGGGUUACGUUUUAACAGUUCUGGCGCCAAAUGAUGAAGCCAUGGCUAAGCUGACGACCGAUCAGCUGAGCGAGCCAGGCGCGCCGGAGCAAAUAAUAUAUUACCAUAUAAUUCCGGAGUACCAAACGGAGGAGAGUAUGUAUAACGCGGUGAGGAGAUUCGGGAAAGUGAAGUACGAUACGUUAAGGUUACCACAUAAAGUGACGGCGCAGGAGGCAGAUGGGUCGGUUAAAUUCGGGUCUGGGGAUGGAUCGGCUUAUUUAUUUGACCCGGAUAUCUACACGGACGGCCGGAUUUCUGUGCAGGGAGUUGACGGGGUACUGUUCCCGGAGGAGGAAAGUCCGAAGGUAACGAAACCGGCAAAUGUGAAGGUUGUUACGAAGCCAAGAAGAGGGAAAUUGAUGGAAUUAGCUUGUGGAAUGCUUGGAGCUGUUGGGCAGGAUUCCCAUUUCAUUACUUGUCAAUAAUUGCAUUAUUAAAGUCAAAAUUUGUAGCCACUCCGUUGGAGGAAGAGGGGGAUUGAUUCCUGGCUAAAAUAUCCCACAGGAAGGAAAAAAAGAGAGGGUUUGAUGUUAUUUUUAUUAUAAAUACUGUAAUUACAUAUCAUUUUUUAAUUUUUUUUUUUUGUUGUAACACUAAAUGCAACAAAUUUGGAAAGCUAUCUUCGUUUUAUAUCAUCAAUUGCUUGCGUUAA